AUGUUUAAGUCAGUUUUGGCGCAAAGUAGGAAGUUGGGACCAAUAUACAGGAAGAGAGCUGCAGGGGCUUCUUUAAAUGGCGUUCCUUCGAUUUCUCUACGUCAUUUUUGGCCUAAUUUAACGUUGGCUCAAGAUGCCAAGGGAAUGGCGGGCAAAAUGUCUCCCGAAUCACCAGAACAAGCUCCAGGAGCCAAAAAAGCUAUCGGACAGAUUAAAGUGGACAAACCUAUGCUAAUGAUCGCGUUUACGUGCAAAAAAUGUAACACAAGGUCAUCGCAUUCCAUGUCAAAACAGGCUUACACGAAUGGCACCGUUUUGAUACAGUGUCCGGGCUGCAAGGGGCGGCACCUGAUAGCGGACCACCUCAAGAUAUUCUCUGAUGACCAUGUUACGAUUCAAGAUAUUUUGAAGGCCAAAGGUGAGUCCGUUUCGCAGACGACAGAUGACUUGGCGUUCGAGGAUAUUCCGGACAAUUUGAAGAGCCUUAUAGGGCACCACGCCAAAGACGCUCCCAGGGGUGCAGCAGAGAAGUCAUGCGAUCACGAAAAGCACAUUUUGCCAGAAAAAUAG